AUGUCGACUUGGGCUGGCCAGCCAAGGGUGGAGGGGAGCUCGGAGACAGUGCGCAUGGUGCUCUUGACCUGCGUCUCCAUUGGAAUUACCUUCACCUGGGGUGUUGAGAUGACAUACUGCACACCGUAUCUUCUGUCACUCGGGCUGUCGAAGUCGCAGACAUCGCUAGUCUGGGUUGCCGGCCCCUUAUCGGGCUUGAUCGUCCAGCCCAUAAUAGGGGUAAUUGCGGACGAAUCGACGUCAAAAUGGGGUAGGAGACGGCCCAUCAUUGCCAUUGGGUCGGUGAUUGUGGCCCUCAGCCUAUUAGCCCUCGGGUUUACAAAAGAGAUUGUUACGUCGUUUGUGUCGGAUCCUUACACAGUCAAGGUGUUGACCAUCAUGACUGCUGUGUUGUCGCUUUAUUGUGUUGACUUCUCCAUCAACGCAGUCAUGUCCUGCGCGAGAAGUUUAGUUGUAGACACGUUGCCUAUCCAUAAACAGCAGACGGGCGCUGCUUGGGGGAGCCGCAUGAACUCGCUCGGCCACAUUAUCGGGUAUGCCAUGGGAGCACUCGACCUCGUGCAAAUAUUUGGACCGAGACUCGGGGACAGCCAGUUCAAACAACUCACCGUUGUCGCAGCCUUGGGCAUGUUGCUCACUUCAGCCAUCACAUGUUGGGCGGUUACUGAGCGUGUCCUCAUUUCGGUGCGCCACGACCCUCGCCGGGCCCAAGGCCGGUUCAAGGUCGUCCGCCAGAUCUAUUCCACCCUCCUGACGCUCCCGCCUCGUAUCCGCGGCAUCUGCAACGCGGUGUUCUGGUCUUGGAUCGGCUGGUUCCCGUUCAUCAUUUACAGCAGUACCUGGGUUGGCGAGACGUACUUUCGCUACGAUGUGGCCGCUAAUGCCAGAGAUUCGAAAGAUGCCCUGGGUGACAUGGGCCGUAUUGGCAGCAUGGCCCUGACGGUGUACUCAACCGUUGCGUUCAUCAGUGCAUGGAUUCUACCAGCCUUAAUUCAGGCCCCCGAAGAUGAUACAUUCACGCACCGUCCGCCUGCCAGCCUCGCCCCUUUUAUUGAAACCUUUAACAAGGUCAAGCCUGACCUGCUCACUGCCUGGAUUGUCAGCAGUGUCGUCUUUUCUCUGACCAUGUUUUUCACACCCUUCGCCACCUCUUUCCGCCUGGCCACCGUGAUCGUCGCUUUCUGUGGCAUCCCCUGGUGCGUCUCCCAGUGGGCGCCCGUGACGUUCCUCGGAGUGGAGGUCAAUAAGCUCAGCGGCUCCGCGGAACCAUCCGCUGCCGGUGUCAAUGGCAGGACCAUCCCGCCGGCCUCUUACCGCCGCCUCUCCAACGACAGCAGCGGCAUUGAGAUGCUCAGCCUCGAACACGGUCCCGCAAGCCUCGAAGCUGGCCGCCCAGCAGCAAACGGGAGCGACCACGCCCCCACAUCCUCCACCGGCGAGCUCAGCGGUAUCUACUUUGGCAUCCUCAACAUCUACAUUACCAUCCCGCAAUUCCUCAGCACUGUCAUGAGCGGCGCCGUCUUCUCCCUGCUCGAGCCCGGCAAGAGCCCUGAGCUGGCCACCGAGGCCCACCCCAGCGAGACAAGCGACCCUUCCGGCCCCAACGCCAUCGCCGUGUGCAUGUUCUUGGGCGCCAUUAGCUCACUGAUGGCCGCAUGGACGACGCGUAAGCUGAGGGAUCUGUGA